AUGUCGCCAUCUACAGUUGUGUCUGAGUUGAAGGUCAUGGCAGUGUUUCGUCUACUACAGCGACUUGAUCUGUCACGCUGUAGUAAAUUCACCCCCUGUAUAGAUAAAUCCAAAUCUCUUCACAGUUGUAAUUACAGAAGAUUUCCACAGUGCUCCUUUCUGCGACCAAAGACUUUUGGAAUCGGUCCAGGUUACCAGGUACUCUCUGAAACCAAAGUUACUGGUGUCUGCAGAUAUGGCCACACCUCUGAUGGGUCUGACCAGCAAAGAAGUGAGGCUGGGAACAAGGAAAAAAGGACCACUCUUUCAAAGAAUGACAAGAAAGAAAUAAACCACUUCUCUGACGGACCAGACCAGCAAAAAGGUCAGAUUGAUGCCAAGGGAAAACUUCCUGUGGACAUAUUAUCAGGGAGCAAGGAGAAAGAUGUGAACAACUGGCAGGUUUUGCGCAAUUUGAUGCGUUUUGUUUGGCCAGAAAAUGAUCCUGGAAGCAGGGUUCGAGUGGUCCUUACUGCCUCAUUAUUGGUUGCAUCUAAGGGUGUGACAGUCACCGUACCUUACAUAUUCAAGUGUCUGGUAGAUAACUUGAAUGAGCAAACAAAUGCUUUGAACGUGGUUGGUGAAGCUGCAGAUAUGGUUUUUAUAUUGGUAGUAUCAUAUACUCUUGCGCGUGUGACUGCUAGUGUCUGUAACGAGCUGCGUAACUGUGUGUUUUCCAAGGUAUCCCAGAGGUCUGUGAGGCAGGUCGCAAAUAAAGUAUUCCACCAUCUUCACAGCUUAGACCUCAGCUUUCAUCUGGGGAGGAAAACGGGAGCACUUCUUGAUGCAGUUAACAGGGGAUCGAAGGGCAUCAGUUCCAUCCUAUCUACUUUAGUAGUGAAUCUAAUACCUACCUUAUUUGAAGUCACUCUAGUCACUUGCAUCAUGUAUUACAAGUUUGGUGGGACCCUUGCCUUAGCUACUCUUGGCUGUGUUGGACUGUAUGUAGCUACAACUUUAGCCAUAACUACUUGGAGAACAAAAUUCAGGAAAGCUAUGCAGAGAGCAGACGAUUUAUCAAGAAAUAGACUGCUUGACUCUUUAACUAACUAUGAAACAGUCAAGUACUUCAAUAACGAACCAUACGAGGCAAAACGCUACGAUGAACCUCUAGCUAAGUCUGAAGAUUCUAAUAUAAAGAUAGCUUACAGCCUAGCCCUGUUGAAUGGGACCCAGAACUUGAUUUUGAAUAUAGGUAUAUUCACGGGAAUGCUAAUUGCCUGUAAUGGAAUUAAAGAAGGUACGAUGACAGUCGGUGACCUGGUGAUGGUGAAUACACUGCUGUUCCAGCUGUCCUUGCCUCUUAAUCUCCUCGGCUCCAGCUACAGGGAAGUGCAACAGAAUCUCAUUGACAUGCAGAGCAUGUUUAAACUUCUAGGAGAGACUUCUUUGAUAAAGGACAAGCCAGAUGCAGUUGAUUUGGUUUGCACCCCGCAGGAGUCGGAGAUUCGAUUUGAAAAUAUCCACUUUAGUUAUGUCCCUGGCAACCCUAUCCUGCAAGGCCUAUCUUUUACAGUUCCCAGUGGAAAAAGAAUUGCCAUUGUUGGUGGCAGCGGAUCAGG